GGAACAACUUUUUUAGCUUUUUUAGCACUUAGUGGCUCAAACUUACCGAAUCCAUCAUCGCCGCAUUGCGACAGAUCCCAAUUGCAAUUCACCACUUAUCCUUUAAUUUUUUUUUCCAUCCGCUUCUCUAAAUCUAAGUCACUCCUACACAUCCGUCCUUCCGUUAAAAAGGCUGUCGCACUCUGUCCUGCCCACAAAGCAGUCUUCCUUUGCUCAUUGCUGUAUUCUAUCCCUCGUGGUGUUCUCUCGACAGUCAAAAUGGCCGGACUUAGCCCUCAAGUAACCAACAUCAUCAUCAUUCUUGGAAUGAUGCAGGUGUCCAAGCGAAUCCCCUUCGAAGAUCCUAACGUCCUCAACAUUGUUCGCGCGCUCUACAUUGCUAGCAACGUGAUUAUUGCUAGCAUCUACCUCUACACCCAGGUUCAGAUUAACAAGAAGAAGGACCUCACUACUCUUAAGUAUGUCGAACCGGCGCCGAUGGGAUCCUCGGAAGAGGGCAAGCUCGUGACAACCACCGUGCACGCGUACGACUCUCAACAAAUCAAAAACUCUUUCCGGUCGCAGCUUAUGGGUAUCGCGAUGAUGAGCUUCAUGCACUUGUACAUGAAGUACACCAACCCGCUCGUUAUCCAGUCUAUCAUCCCUCUCAAGAGCGCUCUCGAGUCCAACCUGGUUAAAAUUCACCUCUUCGGCUAUCCCGCAAGCGGAGAUCUCAAGCGUCCCUUCAAGCAGGCUGCCGGACUUAUGGGAGGUCUCCAGAGCGGUCCUGCGCAGAGUGACAAGAAGGCUGUCGAGGCUGCCGAGCGUGCCGGUCGCGGUGGAGUCAAGGACGAGUAGACACGUCUUAGAUCUUCUCACCUAUAAUAUUUUGGGGGCGGGGCAGUGACUUCAGUCAUGGUAUUGGUGUUCUAGAUUUCGGAUGUCAUUAAUGUCGCUAUCCGUGCCUGUUUAUUAACAUACCGGCGCAUUGUCUCACGAAUAGAUGAUCAUAAUUCAUGCGUACUUGCCUAUGAUAUUGUCCAAGCGCUAGCCCGACCAUGUUUCUCUUUAACUGAGUAUUUCAUGAUAUGACUAACUUCGUAUUUGUGACAGGAGUCGAAGUCUAGUGCAUGUAAUUUCGGAUC